AUGGCCUCGGAAGGCGAGGAGGUCGGCGUCGAGUCACCAUCACUAAACCAGGAGCUCUCAAAUCUCAACAUAGGAGACCCGGAUGCGCAAGACUCGGAAUUAUCAGAUGAGAGCGACGUCUCAGUUGAUGCUUUCGAUCCUACUCAAUGUCUUUUCUGCAAUUGUCACGGUGAAGACCUGGACGAAAACCUUGAUCAUAUGCGAAAGCGACACGGCAUGAUCAUUCCCUAUCCUGAGAGUUUGAUAGUCGACCUUGAAACAUUAGUCAAGUACCUCCAUCUCGUAAUCUACGAGUACACCGAAUGUCUCUAUUGUGGAUCUAUCCGGAAUACUCCACAGGCCGCGCAACAACAUAUGACUGGGAAGGGACACUGCAAAAUUGACGUCGAAAAGGAGAACUCUGAGUUCAAAGACUUUUAUGACUUUCAAUCUAACGCCGGUUCAGAUGGUGCCCGCUUCGGCGAUUCGGGACCCGCUUGCUUUGUUGACGCGGAAGACGAAACAAGGCGCUUGCCUUCGGGGAAGACGGUAUCCCAUCGAAAGGCGAAGAAAGUUCGUGAUCACCGAGAUUUGAAGUCGGGAGAAGAAAUCGACAAUUUCUCUCUCUUGGAAGAAGGGAAGCGCCCCGAUAGCCUCAGUGAUUCCACAGCUAUGGUGGUCAACAAUGGGAAAACCAAAGAUCUGGUUGUGUCUGAGAAGAGCAAUGACCUAUUCGACAAGCAACUGGCAACAAUGAGGCAAGGAGAUCGAUUGGCUCUUGCUCAUUUGCCUCUUCCGCAGCAGAGAACGCUGGUUGUCAAGGCAAAGAAGCAACAAGAGAUGUGGAAUCGCUUUGAAAACGACCAAGCAAUCAAACUCCAGUGCAAAGCCAAAGCAAAAUGA